AGCGCGCGUCCCCCGCGGGACUUGGUCCGUGUUUAAAGAGAAUAAAGAGCUUCUGUGUUUUUUCUGCCGUUGGGGUGAAAGCGGCUGAAAGCAACUAUCAGUAUUUCCUUUCCAAACCCCUUUUCUGUGGAAAAGCAUGUGCCUGGGAGCCCCCGGCCCGUACGCCCUGGGGCUGCUGGGUGCCGAAGCCCUGGCGGGGGGCACACGGCUGCCUGCCCCCUCCUGCCAGGGCGCUGCUCACGGGGCUGCGUCUCUUUGCAGCAAUGGCUGGUGAACGGCGGGCACACGGCGCACCUCUGGCAGAACUGCACCUCCGGUAGCGUCUUCCACUGCCUGACCUCCUCCACGAGCGCUGGGGAGCGCCUGUGUCCGACAGAGCAGGGAUGUCUGAGGCCUCGUCCAGCAAGGAGGGACCCCCGGCCGAGUGCCCCGUGUGCUACGAGAAGUUCCACCCGCUGGAGGCCAUGCACCGCCAGCUCAGCUGCGGGCACACCUUCUGCCACGACUGCCUGGUGAAGUGCUUGCUCUCCGCCAAGCUUGACGGCCAGGUCCAGAGCAGCAUCAUCUGCCCCAUCUGCCGCUAUGUGACUUUCCUCAGCAAGAAGAAGGCUCUAUGGCCGCCCAAGGCAGGCACCAACCUCCGGGCCCUGGAGAUGCCUCUGUCACCUUCCUCCUUGUCCCAUCUGACCAAAUUGGAGGCCAGCAACACCUUGGUGGUGCCCAGCCAUUUUGUGAUGCCGGUGCAGAGCUCCGGCCGGUGCUGCAGCACGGGGAACAGCCCCAUGGACUCGCAGGGGGUCCCAGGAGAGCUGGCACGGGAAGCCCACAUCUUUGUCAUCAGUGACCAUGGGAUGCCACUGGUGGGUGUGGACUGCAGCUCCCUGGGGAGGAGAAGCAGAAAGGAAACACGAAGCUCGGUGUCAUCCAGCUCGGCCCUGGGGGUGAAAUGCUGCCAGUCGCCCAUCGCCCUCGCCGUCCAGCUCAUCUUGACGGUGGCCAUGCUGGCGGCUGUGCUCCCUCGGCUGCUGCUGGUGAAGAGGGACUCGUAGCAGGGAUGGGAUCAGCUCAGAUGCUGGAGGUGUCACUGAUGCUGGGACAGAGCUAGGGCUGGGACCUCUCUCAAAAGAUCCCAUGAGACAGUCCAGAAGCAGCUCCAGGUGAAGCU